AUGGCUCAUGAUGUGGCGGGGGGUGAACAUAAGAAGCGCGAACGAAAAAGGAAGCCACGCCAAGAAAUUUCAUUUUGUUUAAAAUGGCUAUUGUUCUUUAUCAAUUUUCCUGCUUUCUUUUUUGGAGUAGCUGUUUUAGCAUUAGCUGUUUAUCUUUUUGUUAAAGAUUUCGCAGAUAUAGAAGCAUGGGAGCUUAUCAUUAAUCCAGCUACUUUACUUGUUUUUUUCGGAUUUUCAAUAUGUAUAAUAUCAAUGAUGGGUUCAUUAGGUGCUUUACGAGAUAAUAUAUUUCUAUUGAAAUGCUUUGCCAUUUCGGUUUUUGCCUGCUAUUUGCUCACAAUCAUAUUUACAUUUUCUACAUUUGUUGUGUUUUUUACGGAUUCACUAGGCGCAUGGUCAGCUCAGGAAUUGAUGUUAUUCGCGCUUAAGAAAUAUCAUUCGAAUCGAAAUUUAGCUGAAAUCGUGGAUGCGAUACAAAACAAUUUACAAUGCUGUGGUGUCUCAUCCAUUGGACAGGGUUAUAGAGAUUGGGGCUCAAAUCGUGUGUUUAAUUGUUCCUUAAGUAAUCCACAACCGGAAAAAUGCGGUGUUCCAUUUUCUUGCUGUCGAAAGUCAGUGCUGACAGAGGCGGCUGGAUCAAGUAAUCCGUUACUUCCUGCUAUGCGGUCACUUCAGUGUUGGCAGAAUGCGUUGAAUAGGCAGCCAAUUGAACUUGAGCAUGAUAUUUACACUCGUGGAUGUCUCGCUCCUUUACGAGCUGUUUUGGAAACAAAUGCUGUCCAUAUAGGCAUAGUAAUGGCACUUGUUAUAGUACCUGUGUGUGUUCUUGUGUGUCUUACAAACAUAUUGGCUAAACAAAUAGAUCAUCAGCAUUAUCUUCUUGAAAGGGAAGCGUUACGUAAUGAGCGACGACGAAAACGAAAACAAUCACGACAGCGACGAGAAGUCAUAUUAGUUGAAAACGAAGAAACUAAUGUUCAACCAACACGGAAGGAUAGUCAGCCGAUUAAGUCCAAAUAA